AUGUACGAUUUUAGUCCUAAGAAAGGACGCGCAUGGACUCCCGAACAAAUCGAAAACAUGAUGAAACCAUUAGGUAAAAGUUGUGCAGCCAAAACAGGACUUACCCCAGAGCUGCAAGAGGCUCAUAGAAAAAGAGAUUUUGUUAACGAUGAAAAACUCAAGUGUUACAUACAUUGUAUUUGUAAAAUGUUGAAAAUGUUCGAUAAAGAUAAUAAAAUCAAUCUAGACAACAUACGAAAACAGGUACGAAUAGCACUGCCAGAAGAACAGGCAGAGACGAGUAUAAAAGCUCACGAAAAUUGUGCUGCUAAAGGUGAUGUACUUUUAUUUUAUUUAUUAGACGAAAGAAAUUUAUAG